AUGCACUAUGUGGUAUUGGAGCUGCAAGUCGCGUAUUUGCCAGAUAGCCCUAAGGAUCAGUGUCGCAUCGGGAGCAUAGCAUAUCAAAUUGUGGAUGCUGAAACCUUAAUAUGCCACUAUGAUAUCGAUUCUUUACCCAAAAUCGAGGUGGAUGGGGAAGCCAAGAGUCUGGAGAGCGCAAUGAUACAAUUGGAUAAAGACAUCCACGACGUAAUUGGCAACGAUGAGUUUGUCCUUGUUUCGCUGUGUUCCACUUGGCAUAUUCGUGUCACCUUAUCACGUCAAGCGCGAGAUGACGGUUUCAUCCUUACCUCGUACUUACAACAUCCAAGGUUAUUUGAUUUAUGGAAGGAAUUUGAUAGAUGGUGUGUUAAUCAUCCGGAACUUUUGGAACAAAGGAAAGCCACCUCAAAUAAUAACUCUAAUACUAAGGCUGGCGGCAGUAAUGGUGCUCUAGCCAAGAAUACAAAGGAUUUUAAUGAAAUGAUCAGAAUACUGGAGGUUUCAACGCCCUCGGAAGGAGCUGAUUUUAUUCCGGAGGAGCAAUCUCUUUUGCGGAGGACAACAGACAUACUUUUGCAGUUGCACAAGAAGUGCUCUUCCCCGGAAGACAUGAAAUCUGUUUUAACACAGCCAUACGACUCAUAUACUGAUAUUAGAACGUUCUUACAAGAAAGAUCCAAGGUUUUGUACAUGAAUAAUUUACCACCUGACACAACUCAAAGCGAAUUAGAAUCAUGGUUCACUCAAUAUGGCGUCAGGCCUGUUGGAUUUUGGACUGUGAAAAAUAUCGUGGAAGAUACGUCUAACGUCAAUAACAACUGGAGUUUAAAUAAUAGUCCCUAUGUGGAAGAGCAAGAUAGUAUUUCAGGAUUUGUUGUGUUUCAAACACAUGAAGAGGCUACCGAAGUACUUGCCUUGAAUGGGAGAUCUAUAUUGUCUAACCUGGCAAACACUAAGCAGCCGAGGGUGGUUGAGCAUGUCCUUGAACUUCAACCUUCUUCCACAGGUGUACUCGAUAAGGCACAAGAAAUUUUAUCUCCCUUCCCUCAAAGUAAAAACAAACCGAGACCAGGUGAUUGGAAUUGCCCAUCUUGUGGCUUUUCGAAUUUCCAGAGGCGUACUGCAUGUUUUAGAUGUUCUUUCCCAGCACCGUCAAAUAUUCAGAUGCAUAAUGUGAUUUCAAAUAAUAACGCUAAUAGCAACAGUAAUAUUUUAAACAACCGCAUGAGCUCGGGUUCGUCAAACAACAACAAUAGCGCUAUCGUAAACCACCCCUAUAUUAAUACCGAGUUUAAUAUGAUGGGUAAUACAACGCCAACAGCAUUGGCUUACAACAGAGCCCAAUUUUCUGCAAUUACGCCGCUGUCACGACAAAAUUCAUUGAACUUGACUCCCUCAAGCAGCGGGUCGCCCAUAAUUAUGGCGGAUCAUUUUGCGGGAACCAACAAUAUAGUGCCAAAUUAUCGCUACAAUGGUAACAGUAGCAAUAUCAAUAAUAUGACCAACAACAGGUAUAACAGUAAUAAGAUCAACAGUGGUAAUGAGGGUGGUAAUGGGAACCACGUUAACAGCAAUAUUAAUAAUAAUCACAAUAAUAAUCACAAUAACAAUCAUCAUAAUGGCAAUACCAAUAAUAGUUAUAUGAACAAUAAUAAUAGUAUGAACAAUAGUAAUAGUAUGAACAACAAUAAUAAUAGUAGCUCCAAUGUCGGCGUGGGAGGCUCUGGGUCUAACAUACCAUUCAGAGCAGGAGAUUGGAAGUGUUCCACGUGUACCUAUCACAAUUUCGCUAAAAACGUGGUAUGCUUACGCUGCGGCGGUCCAAAAUCUGUAAAUGCGGAUGCCAACGAAACAAAUCAUUAUAUAGAGGGAUUAACGGUUGGGCCAGGGUCGCAUAUCCACAGUGAUAACGGUAGUAACCGCACCGAUGGGAAGGAUAAUAAAGGUCGUGAUAUUAGUUUGAUGGAAUACGUAUCACCACCGUUAUCGAUCGUGAAGGAGGGAGAUGGGAAUGGCAGCUCGUUCAAUGAGUUCAAAGGCGAUAAGGUCAAUAUUGAUUAUUCUAAUGGUAAUGAUAGCUCUUCUUUUACUAAUGGUUUUAAUGGUUCAGUACGUUGGUAG